GUCCGUCGUUUUAUUAAGUACAUUACAUUUUGGCGCAGUCGGUUAUUUUAAUUAAAAUCAUGCCUUUUGGUAAAAUCGAGCCUUUUGACGUUAGUUCCCACAACUGGGAUGCAUAUUGUCGUCGGGUGAAGCAAUUUAUUGCGUUAAAUAACAUCAGUGAAGAUUUACACGUGGCCACGUUGGUAACACAUGUCGGCAUUGCAUGUUACGAAUUGAUGUGCGACUUGUGUUCCCCGGAUUUACCGGAAGACAAGAAGUUUGAACAAUUAGUGAAGAUUGUCAAAGACCACUUGGAGCCACAAAGGUCGGAGAUCGCAGAGAGACAUAUGUUCCGGCAAAGGAAGCAAAAGCAAGGGGAGAUAGUGAGUGAUUAUUUGAAAAGUCUAAAACAUCUCGCCAAACAUUGCAAUUUUCGGGAUUCUUUGGAGGUAAAUUUGAGAGACCAGUUUGUUUCUGGCCUUCAAAGUGAAGAUAUGAGGUCACGAUUGUUUGCCGAGCGGAACAUCGAUUAUAAGCGAGCAAUAGAACUCGCAUUGGCGCUCGAGGCAGCGGAGAGACAUGCAGCGGAGGCAGCGUCCGGGGCGAGUUCCAGCGCCAUCUCGGAAGGGCUGCAUCGCAUCAGAUCCUCACCAGCGCGCGCGGAGCGCGGGCGCAUGAAACGGCGCGAGGGAGCGGGUGGCGUGCAGGCAGACGCGGCGGCCAGGGCCGGUGCGCUGAGCCUCGAGGGCUCACGGCGCGGCUGCUGGCGUUGCGGGCGCAGCGGGCAUCCGCCGUCCCGGUGCCGCUACAAGUUCUACAGCUGUGAUUCGUGUGGGCAGAGGGGCCACCUGAAGGUCGUGUGCGGUAAUGUUGAUAAGUGUAGUGAUGCGGUUAUACAGAAAAACACAAAAGGUCAGUUGUUUUUUAAUGAUUUGCAUUUAGCUGACAAGACUCCAAUUUUCGUUAAAUCGCGCCCGCUUCCCCUCGCACUUCGCGCGCCGGUCGAGCGCGAGUUGGAGCGGUUGCAGCGAGAUGACGUCAUUUAUAAGGUAGACCGUUCUGAUUACGCACACUACGAUCCCAAGUUACCGUUGCUGUUGUCGGUGGACAGUAGCGCGUAUGGACUCGGCGCGGUUCUCACGCACCGCUACUCCGACGGAUCGGAACGUCUUAUCAGUUGCGCCUCGCGUACUCUUAAUGAGGCCGAGCAACAGGGAUGCUUGGUUUGGGGAUAUAGAGUAAUUAUCCCUGCCAGUUUGCACUCCGCUGUGUUAGACGAAUUACAUUCCGGGCAUAUAGGCGUUGUUAAAAUGAAACAGCUGGCUCGGAACUAUCUGUGGUGGAGCGGCUUGGACGCCGAUAUUGAGCGCGUGUGUCGCGAGUGCACCGCAUGCGCCGCGCUGCGCGCACAGCCGCCGCCCGCGCCGCUGCACUCGUGGGAGUGGCCGGUGGAGCCUUGGUCGCGGUUGAAUGUUGACUUUUUAGGUCCGUUUCGUAAUAAAUAUUAUUUAGUUAUUUUAGAUGCUCAUUCCAAAUGGUUGGAAGUGGAACCAGUGCCAAAUACUUCGGCAGCUACCGUUAUAUCUUGCCUGCGCAAAAUAUUUGCCCGGUUCGGUCUAUGCAAGGUCAUUGUGAGCGACAAUGGUCCACCAUUUUCUUCAUCCGAAUACUUACAUUAUUUGAAUAAGAAUGGAAUCAAGCGAAUAUUAGUCGCCCCAUAUCAUCCAUCGAGUAACGGUGCAGCUGAAAACGUUGUUAAAACUGUAAAGCUAGUAUUAAAGAAGGCUAUAAUCGAAAACGUGAAUUUAGAAAAAGCGUUAUGUACAUUUUUAUUUACAUAUAGAAAUACAGAACAUUGUACCACUCAAAAAGAACCCUCCGUAGCACUUUUGGGACACAGGUUACGCGGCAGGUUAGAUCUUUUACGACCGAAUACCAGAGAUGUCAUUCGCGAUAAACAAUCAAGUCAAGAAGAACGUCGCGGUGGCUCAUUGCGAGAAAUGAGCACUGGAGACCGGGUUCUGGUCCGGAACUAUAAUAAUAAUUUAGUAAAAUGGAAGGAAGGUGUAGUGUUGGAUAGAACCGGUCCCGUCUCCUAUGUUGUCAAAACAGACGAUGACAAUCGUACUAGUAGAAGACACGUUGAUCAAAUACUUGACAAAAAUUAUAAAAAAUCUAGGUAUACUUUAACAGGCAUGGUGGAUAAUGAAAACUCGGGAGAAAGAGAGAUGAAUGAUGAAGCGUUCAAAAGUUUCGAUAAUUCUGUUGUCGGUUCGUCUCCUGUAACAGAUACAGAAAAUCAGCUAGUAAAGGCACCUUCACCUUCUCAAGCGAUUCCCAAUACGAAUAGUCCUCUUCGUAUGGCAUUAAGACCGCGGGUCAAAAAGAUGAUGAAAUUGUAA